UGUUCUAGAUAUCGCGUUGCGGCGCCGCCGCCAUCCCGAUUUCUUCCCUGGUUUCGAUUCGACCGCGUUCUUGGUUUUGAUUCUUUUUUCUUCUCUGUUUGAUCGUGUUGUUGUCUCUUGGUGAUUUGCGGCAGUGAGGAGAAAUUGAAAGGCCGGUCUUACGGCUGCCUCCCGUCCCGGGACGGUAGUAGCGUGAUGUGAUUUCAUUCGGCGAAAGGUUUUACUCUGAGCCGCCGUCGUUUUUUACCCUAGCAGAUCCCAAAGCUUUGAUGGUUCUUCUCCUUUCUUUCCUUCUCUUCCAUGGCUGCCUGUUAUCUCUUCUUGCUGCUGCCAUGGUGUUUUGCCGUGCGAGCUUCGGAACGUUAUUGCUGCAGCUGAUUGUUUUUACUUUACUGCACAGCAAUAAUAAUAGAAACAAUGGAAAAUAUGAUUGCGUGAUGAUGACACCGUUUAGAUCCUUGGUGAAACAUUUAACUUCUUGAGCCGGCUGAGUAUAUCUUCCUUUCACUGAUGAACAGUUUAGAUUCCGCAGGGGAGUCGAUCUGGCAUGUAGAUCCACGAAUAUAUCUUGCCAGUCGAUUUCCAUUUUUAAGAAAUUUGGCAUGCAUAAACAAGGGAAUGUGACUUGUAGAAUCCAUCAGUCAAGUGAUUCCAAUAACUUAUACAAUUGUCUGAUACCGACGAAAAUCAGGCAAGCAGUUUCUGAAACUGCAACGCUACAAGUUGAGCACCGAGAGAAGGACAGUGGCUGUGAAAACCGGCGCCAAAGCAGAGGUUGCCGCAGCCGGCAGUGCCACAGUACCGCCGUUCUUGGUGUUGUGCGGCCCUGUGUCUGCGGCGCCACCACCGGUGUUCCUACCGCUGCCCUCUCCAGAGCCGCCUGCCAUGCGCCCGACCUUCCUGGGAGUCUGUAUCCUCUCCCCUUGGGUUUCUGCAAAGUGAAAGGCGGCAAUUCAUGCUUUUGUAAGAGAUUUUGCUUCAUGACAAUCAAGAAAUUAGAGAGCAAAGAGGAGAUGGAUGCACACAAAAUACCAACCAUGUUGAUGAGGCCUCAGAUGAUGAUGAGCUGCAUCCUCCUCGGCCAUGGCGCUUCUCGCCGCUGCUGCACACCAUACGCCAUGGGAAGCAAAGGUGAGGAGGAGGACGAGGGCGAGAGUGCCUUUCCUCAUCUUGGGGAUUGAGUAAAUAGCAAAAAACUAUCACUUUUUGUGCUAGGGUUCCAAAAAACCAUCACUUUUUUUUGUGACUGAUACCUACCACUUUUCUCGUCGGUUGUCUCAAAAAACCCAAAUUGCCCGGUUCUAGCGUUUAAAACCGUUUUCUGACGGUCUGGGCCCGCCUGUCAGGCCACGUCAGCGCCGCGCGUGACGGCGAGCCCGUUAACGGCCGUUACUCGGACCGACCGGUGCGGUCGGACCGCACCCGCUCGCUCGCUCAUUAAGUCGUCUCCCUCCCUCUCACUUUGCUCCCCUGCCCGCACUCAUUCUCAUUCUCACUCUCCUCUCCUCUUUGCUCUUUGACGCCGGCGGCGACUUGCGCUGUGGAAGCUCCACCGCCGCCAUGCCUUCCUGGAAUGACGGGGAUAUGAGCUCAGAGGAUGAGUGCGACAUCACAAGCAUGGACAUGGCUCUUUGGGAGACCCCUGACACCACCGUGGAGCCUCUGUUAUGUGGCCAGCUGGAGCUUUCUGAACCCACCUGCAUGAUGCACCACAUGAGGCCAAUUAAGUGUGUGGCAUUUGAAGGAACCUUAAUUGGAAAGCGUUUCUAUGGUUGUCCAGUGCAGCAGAGUGAAGGUGUUAACUGUGGUGUUACUGAGUGGGUUGACAAGCCCUGGCCUCCAAUUCUUCAGAAUUGCUUGUCCAGGCUGUGGGACAUGUACCAUGAACAAAAUUGUGGCAGGGUAGUUGAUAAGCAGAAGUAUGAGAAGCAUUUGGCCAAGCUUAAGACUGAAAAUGACAAGCUGUGCAUUGAGUACACAAAGCUUGUCCAAGAUGUAUCCAAGAUGUUUGAUUGGCAGGAUGAUAGGGCAGACCACAUGGAUUACCAGAAGGCAGUUGAGGAGGAAGAAUUUGAGAAGAGGAAGAAAGAGGUAGAAGAGAGUGCUAGGUUGGAGGUUCAGAUGGAGAAGCUCAAACUUGCCAAGGAACAGAGGUGCAUUUUACAGAGUCAAGCUGACAUUAUCAAGAACACCAGGAAGGCAAUGAAGGAGGUUGAACAAGAGAGAGAUUUGCUUAAGAUAGAGAAGGCCAAGCUUGAGCAUGUGGUGAAUGAGCUGCUGAAUGAUGGGCAUGCAAGCAAGGAGAAACUUGAGAAAAUCAAGGCCAUCCUUGAUUCAUGAAGUGUGUUCUGCAGUUGCUGAAGUACAUCCAAGGCCUUUAUAAGUAUGUGGCCUAACAAUCUGAUGUGAAGAUAUGGGGUGUACAUUUUGGGGAAUGUGAAGCUAAUCUAGUCUAUGUUAGAACCUUUAAUGCUAAGUUAUGAACUAUGUUGUAAUGAAUGUUCUGCCUGUAUUUGAACCUCUUAUGCUAUGUUAUGGAGUCAGUGAUAA